AAGUUUCCAACCGCCGCGUUGUGACGUCGCAACGCAGAACAGCCCCCAAUUCUAAAAAAAGAAGCGAAGAAAAUGUUGAAUGCUACCCGUAUUUAGUUCGAGAAGUAAAACCGCGUGCUUCCAAACUGCCCGAACUUUUGUCUCUUACUGGUUGUGCCUCCCGCAACCUGGAGAACUUCUCAUGUCCGAGCCCAUAGCCUCUCUUAUCUCAAGUGAAGAAAGUAUGAUAAUAAUUAUCUAGUCCUAAAGAUCACCGACAUCAAUCGUCAUCUUGACUAAAAUGAACUCGCAGAACCGCAGUGGAGAUGGUAGGGCCGCUAGUACCCCUAUCGAUGCCGGAAGCACGCGCAUCACUCCUACACAACAAGCUCUUCCGACCGAUACGGAACAAGCUACCCCACCAGCACCCUCGUCCCUGCUGCCUGGUGCACCGACGCAACAGCCACAAGCGCCUCCAUUUUUUCUCACCCGCACCUCCACCACCGCCGAGCGUUCCUCAACGGCUCGCAUUUGGUCCAUGGACGUGUUUCGCGGCUUGAUCAUGUUAUUGAUGGCCUGGGACCACACGCAGGAAUUUUUGCUCACGAAGCACACGGAGGACGCCGGUGGCGAGAUGUGGAGCGGGAAGUUCAAAACCUACGACCACAGCCGCGUCGAGUUUUUCUGCCGGUUUGUCUCUCACGUCUGCGCCCCGGGGUUUUUCUUGACCAUGGGCAUCGGCAUGUUUCUGUGGACGAAGAGCACGCUGGAGCGGGGCACGAUGCCGGACUUUGCCGUGAAUACCAUGGAGGGGUAUGUGCGGAAAUACUUUUUGAUUCGCGGCCUGAUUCUCAUCCUGUGCGGCCGGUUGAUCAACAUCUGCGAGGCGGGAUACAUGUGGGUUUUCUACUACGUACUCGGUGUGCGCGACAUCCCCUCGCCUUUCGGCCCGAACAUUGACCCGGUCCUGCUGAUAUGGACUGCAAAAAUGUCUGGGUCGCGAAGGAUCCGAACAACUUGUGAUGCGCAUUUUAGAACACAGAAAAAUCUCUCAUGCAAAGGUAGCAAAAGCUGCCCACUUUGUGUCACCAAAAUGGGGGAUUUGGCAUGCGGGUUCGGCAUUGCGGAAGCCUCUCGAAACCUGUUAUGCUAGAGCUUCCAUGCCAGACCUUCUUUGUCAUGCAAAAACAGCAUGACUCUUCCAGACCCAGACACUUUUACAUUUGAUAGCUGAAGUGGUUCCCGCUCAUCGGCAUUUGGCAGGUGCUGGUCGGCCUGGGCUUGUCCAUGAUGCUCGCCGGCUUGUUCGCGCCCCUGGUCGCGACGGGGACGAACAAGAACGGGACAAAAGCGGGCGUUUUGCUGAUGGUUCUCCUCGCGGUCUCCGUGCUCGCCACCUCCUCUUACCUCAUCGUGGAGGCGCAAAACGGCAACCCGAGCGACGGAGACUCGGCGUGGCCCAAGGCGUUCUACCCGGCGGAGACGUUUCAGGAGAUUUUGUUGCGGUUUCUGGUACUCCCCGGGCGCACGAGCUUCGGCGUCGUCGCGUACCCGCUGUUCCCCUGGGUUUCGUUGGUGUUUCUCGGGAUGUGUAUCGGCGUGCUUUUUCAACAGAAGAAGUUCCUGGGCAUCUACUUUGACACGGCCAGCAACGACACCUACGUCGGCACCAGCAGCUCCAGCCAAACCUCGCUGCGCAUCCUCCGGAACGGGCGGAGCAGCCGAAAUACGAACGCGAGCGGCAGCGGGCGGUUUUUCUACCUGGAAUCCCUGCUCGCGAUCAUCGGACUACAGCUGCUGACCGUUUUUUUCUUCGUCAGAUUCCGGAUCAACGCGAUUGUGAAACAAAUUUUCGGGAGUGAGAAAGCGGAGUUGUGGGAUUUGGAGAAGUACUUCAACUUUCGCGGCUACCCGCGCGGGGAGUACGACAGUCCCUUCCGCGGCAUGUUCACGUUCUGCAAAUACCCGCCGGAUCUGGCGUAUUUGUUGUUCACUGCAGGGGUGAAUUUCGUUUUGUGGUGGCUGUUUUGCUACGACAGCGGGAAGCACCAAGUGGAAAAGAGGAGAAAACAGCCACAGAAUGUGCUCGAUACAACGACCUCUUCUAGCAACUCUUCCAGUUCAACAUCUUCCGGGAACGAAUCGCAGCAACUGACACUGGACUCGGUCGUCUCCUCAACCGCGUCAUCAGCCAAUCGAAUGCCGUUUCUCGACGCCAGGGAGCACCUCGUCAUGACCGGACAGGCGGAAGCUCGGCAGCCUUCUGGUGUGGUGGACGCACAAAGAAACAAUACCAAUCUGCAAAGUGUUGAAGUUGUCGCGGUGACGGACGACUUGCAUGUCAGGACGGGGGACCAUCUGGAUGCGAACAACUACUACCAGAACGACGAGAUAUACAACGAUAAUUUCUACACGGCAGGAGGAGCCACGUCAACAGGGCAAGAAGAACUCGAUCACGUGUCCAUCGGCAGCCGCUGGUGCUUUUUCCCCAAAUGCUUGCUGAAGUCCUUCACGAACGUGCUGCACCUCAUCACUCACAUCCUGGGAAAUUUUGGGCGGUUUUGCCUCGAGGAGAGGCAAAUCUUCAAGCAGUGCAAGGCGGAGUUGACCACCUUUCUCUUCUGUUUCGGGUCCGUGCCCCUGUUCUUCUACGUGUUCCACUACAUGUUACUCGGAGUUUUAGCGACGGGUGCGAAGGUGUACGUCUACAAAAAGCGGCAUCAGAAGUACUUACUGGAAGUAUUAGCAGGAAAUAUCAACAUCAACGCAAGCAGAAGUUCUAGCAUGCUAAUCGGACACGACGAAAGCGUUUCCACCAAUGAGCAGGCCCUCCUUCAGCAAGAGACAAUAUCCGACAGCCUAGCUUUCUACGCGAAUCCCAAGCCACAACCGGAUGUCGAGCUCCAUUGGCCCCGGUGGGUUUUGGUGUUGAUUUGGCUUGCAGUGGUCUUAGUUCUACGUCGCCCCUGCGAGCUCUACUACAAAUUCAAGCGACGACAGUCGAGAGACUCGGUGUGGCGACUGUUUUGACCAGGUUCGAUUGAAAAAGUGCUUGAUGUGUACGAACUGAAAGUGAAAACUGAACUGUCCGCCACUAGAGUUUUUUUUUUUCUGAGAAUACCAGAAUCAGUACGUGCUGACAGACUGUGACUCGAUGUCGAAGAACAGCUGCAGAGCGCGGCGACUAAAGAACCACACACCGGCGCGUCGAAGCUCCUUCUGACUGUAAAGGUCGAGCAUCGACGAUCAAGAAAAGAGCCAAAAGUUUUGCAGUUAAGACAGCGAGGAAGUCUUGCAGUUCCCGUGCUGCCAGUGGAAUGCUC